UCAGAAUGUGCUGCAUCAGUACGAAAAAGUGUUGAGGGCCUUGACAAUUAUGUAAUGGAAGGAUCCCGUGCAUUUCAAACAUUGGAGGAAAUAUUUAUGGAUGAGAAUAACUUGAAAACAAAGUUGUUAGAGGCAAAACGAUAUCUGAAAGCAGAUUUUAAGAUACAUUUAGCCAGGCAAACCAAUGUUAUACAGCAUUGUUUGGGAUUUGCACUGAGUGUUCCAGGAAUUGAAUUUCAGCUUCAUUGUCAGCACAUUCAUAGCCAGCAUUGUCAAAGCUGUAUAGACUUAGAUGAAACAUUACAGAAAGUUCUUGAAAAUGCUGAGAAAAAGCAGAUUGAAAAUAAAGAUGCUCUUAUGUUUAAGGUAGAGAAGGCUGUAAAUGAUAUCAAAAACCUCCAAAAACACAUUGUUAGAUCAAAGAACCAAGAAUUUGCCAGGAAGGAUAUAGCUGACAACAUGGAAAUAAAUGAUGUCAUUAUCACAUCAGACUGGGCAAUGAAGUUUUUGCCAAGACACUAUCGAGAGGGACAGUUAGACUGGUUUGCCAAACGGGGCAUCAACUGGCAUGUGUCUGUCUCCUUGAUAAAACUACAACAUAGAAUGCAAACUUUAACCCACCUUCACAUCUUCAGCUCACAAUCAUCUCAAGAUGCUGCAGUUACUACCGCGGUAAUGACAGAUGUGGUUCAGGACUUGAAGACAAUCCUUCCAAAUCUACAGAAUGUCCACAUAUUUAGUGAUAACGCAGGUUGUUACAAGAGUUCAUUAACAUUGUCAACUCUAAGACAUGACAUUGGGAAAGCACUGGCAUCGUAUAACUUUAGUGAAGCCCAGAAUGGGAAAGGUAACAUAACAUAA